GCAGGCUUGAGCUCGGCUGUGUGAGAAGCACUCAGAAACACAGCCCUACAUCGCAUCAAAAGAUGAAAAUGUAGACAUGUAUCAGAAGAUGCGCACAUUGGAGACACAACACACCAUCGACUGAUGACGAUGGAAGACGGACUGGUGUCUGAAGACGAUAUUUUGCUUCGCUCAGAGAAGGAGUUUCAUGAUGCUGCAAAGAGGAACGACACGGAGAGAAUGCAGGAGCUCAUCAGAAGAGGGGUGGACAUCAAAGUCAAAAAUAAGAUGGACCGUAAGGCCUUGCACUGGGCAGCAGGAGCCGGCAGUGAGCAGGCAGUGCGUCUGCUGCUGGACCACGACAUGGAGGUGGAUGAUAUGGACAGCUUCGGUAUGAACGCUCUGCUCUUGGCGGCAUGGUUUGGUCACCUCUCAAUCCUGAAGAUCCUUGUCUCAACGGGGGCGAAGCUCACCUGUGAAAACAAAAAUGGCUUGAAUCUCUUGCACUGUGCUGUACAGAGGGGUCACAUCAGUAUUUUGGAGUAUAUUAUGGAAGAUCUGGAAAACGUGCAGCUUAAUAAAGUCGACAAGUCCGGUAAGACAGCGUUUCAUUUGGCCGCGGAGCAUGGACACCUGGAGGUGGUGGAUUUUCUCAUUGGUAUGGGCUGUGCUCAUGACCUCAAGGACAAGGAGGAAAACACUGCACUGCAUUUGGCAGCUAAGCAAGGCCACAGUGACGUCCUACAGAAGAUCAUGGAAACCGGGGAGAGCAUUGAUGAAAAAAACAUUGAUGGCAUGACGGCUUUACAUUUGGCAGCUGAAGGAGGGCAUUACGAAUGUAUCAGACUCUUGCUGGAGGCUGGCUGCAAUGUUAAUGAACUUACUCAUAGUAACAGGACAGCUCUUCAUCUGGUGGCCCUGCAUGGCUCAGGAAGAGAGAUCAAACUGCUGGUACAGGCUGGGAUCAAUCUGGAUUCAGUAGACACACAACAUACUUCAGCUCUGCACUUGGCAGUACUCAACAACUCCACAGGAAUAGUCAAGGAUCUUGUCGAUGCGGGAUGCGACCUGGACAUCUUUGACAAUCGGCUUCAAACUGCUUUGCACAUAGCAGCAGAACACGGACGGCAGAACAUCGCUGAGAUGAUCCUGAUAUCUGGAGUUAACCUCAAUCUGCUCGACAAGCAGGGAAAGACAUCGCUGGAUGUUGCAGCACGAGGCAACCAUGUGAAUGUCAUUGACAUGAUUAUCAAAGCUGACAGAUUUUACAGAUGGGAGAAGGAAAAUGUGACGAGUGACUCUGACUCUCUGGUGGGAACGAGUCUUACCUUUAAGCAAGAUCAUCGACAGGAGACACAACAUAUCCGAUCUGUCCUGUGGAAACUUGCCUCCAAAUAUCUCAAACCAGGCGAGUGGAAAACACUGGCUCGGCACUGGAAGUUCUCAGAUGCACAUAUUCGAGCCAUAGAGCACCAAUGGACAGGUACAAAGAGCUACAAGGAGCACGGGCAUAGGAUGCUGCUCAUCUGGCUGCACGGAGUGAUCACCGCUGGAGAAAACCCCAUCAAGGGCUUGUACGAAGGUCUGACUGGAAUCUCAAUGACUGAUUUGGCAGAAAGCAUGCGACAGCAGGCAAAUGCGGAUCCGUCUUCUGCUAAAAAAUGCUCUACAAUGUAAUGUGAGAUUUAUUGAGAAAGGUCUAGACUGAGCACGUACCAACCAGGAGAUUGGAUGCUCUUCAAAUACACAGCACUGACAAAACACAAAUACUCCCUCAAAUAUAACCUCAGUGAUGUGACUGAGAAGAAAACUUAGCCUGUUCACACCCAGAGCAAAUAUUUACAGCAAACAUGACUUUGGAUUGAAAUGAUGUGUUUCUGUGGAACCAUUCAUAUUGAGAAAAUAUGACACUUUUUUUUGGAGAACAGGUAGAUUUCUCUCUCUCUCGCUCUCUCUCUCUGUCGAAAAACAUGCCAAGCAAUAACAUUAUUGGUCAUGCUGAAUUUCACUUUUCACAUUUAAUUUUUACAGUUAUGCAUGUAUUUCUGUCCUAUUUAUUUGUAGUUGCAGCUUUUCUGCUGUAAUUGUUAUUUUUAAGACUAGAAACAAAAACAAUACUAAUACAGCUGCAUAGCUCAGGAUACUGGGUUUAAAUGUGUGUGAUCAUCCUGUUCAUUAUAGGAUUUGCAAGACUGAAAGGCCCGAAACUUUUUUUGUAUGUGCAAAUAUUCUUAUAUGAACACGGGACAAAAGAGUGAAGAAGGUGGAAUGAAAUUAAGAGAAUAAACCACUGUAGUAUUUUAUGCAGAUUAGGGCUGGGUUGACAUCAAGUUCUCUCUUCUUUUUUUUUUGUAGUAGUAAAU